AGAAGACACGUAUCUACUCUCAGUAGCCAGUGGACACAGCAAAGAACCAUGAAGUCAUUCCAUUUAAUUCAAAGUUUGCUCCUGUUGAACUUGGGGAUCUUUGGAUUUGCAGAAGAAGAUCAUGAGCCAACUUGUGGAAUGCCUAAGAUGGUCAGCAGUCGCAUUGCAGGUGGGCAGGACGCAAAGAAGGGGGAAAAUCCCUGGCAAGUAAUGCUGUGGCUUCCUGGAAGACGCCAUUGUGGUGGAUCUCUCAUCAGCAGCAACUUUGUUGUGACCGUAGCGCAUUGCUUUAAUGGCACCUACAACCCAUCCUCCGUUAUCGCUAUUCUUGGGGCCUACAAAAUUACUGGAAACCUUAAGGAGGAAAAUGAUGUUCCAGUGAAAGCAAUUUAUGUCCAUCCAAGUUACAAUGCGACAGAUCUGAGUAAUAACAUUGCCCUUGUAGAACUUUCUCAGAGUGUGGCCUUCACAGACGUCAUCCUUCCAGUUUGUCUUUCUGCAACUUCCACCCAAUUUACUCCUGGUCACAGUUGCAUAGUGAGUGGUUGGGGAGACCUUGAGUUUAAUAGCACAAAACCAAAGCCUGUUAUUCUGCAAGAGGUGGAAAUGCGUUUGAUAAGUAUUGAGCAGUGCCGGAGUUAUUACGACAAAGGGCACAUUGGGCAUAUCAUUAAAGAUGGCAUGAUCUGUGCAAUGGAUAUGCAAGGCAUAAGAAGCCCCUGUAUGGGUGAUGGUGGGGGGCCACUGGUCUGUUAUGAACGUGAGCAGUGGUACUUGGUUGGAAUUGUGAUUUUUGGAUUUGGAUGUGGGUUUGGACACCCCUCAGUGUACACUUUUGUGCCUGCCUACAAGAACUGGAUUGAGAAAUAUGUUGCCUCUAGUGCAUCAGGAAGCAUUGCAUUAACACCUUGGGUAACACUUGAUUUCAUGAACACGCUGCCAGUUGUUCAGUCUCUGAGUUGGUUGAUCCUACGGAACCCUUUGUUAAGUCUAAUGCUGAGCGCUGCUACUUGGCUCCAAUGGUGAGGUGUGAGCAGAAAUACUGAAGGAUUCUACGUCUUCUUAAUAAACCAUGAAGCCCUGUUAUCUAUUAGCGUUUCGCUGAAUGUGUUAAAUGUCUGUGUUAUGUUUAUUAUUAUGAUGCAAAGCAACUGUUAUUUCAUCAUUGGAGUAUUUAUAUAUUGAUGAUUUAAUACAGUAUUUCCCUUAUAAAUUAA